GUAUGAUGCCUGACAAGUAGGGCUAAAACUUCAUAUGCAAAUGUUGGAUGAGUGUCCCACAGUCAUUGACUUUCCAGGACUUUCUGUGUCAUUGUAGAUCCCUGGGUCAGGCCAGGUCCUUCAUAACACAACCAAGUUCUGCUUGUCAGCUCUACUCAGAGGCUCCACGUGCUCACCCGAAUCCUGAGGAAACCUGAGACCUAGAGAGACACCACAGAGGACAUGUCUGCUGAUGUGAAUUUCUGCCAGAAGCCCCAGAAACUGGAAGCAGAAGAGCAGGAUGGGUUAUGUGAGAGAUUGGUGUCCUUUGAGGAUGUGACUAUGAACUUCAGCCAGGAGGAGUGGCAGCACCUGAACUCUUCCCAGAGACGCCUGUACCAGGACGUGAUGCUGGAGAUCUACAGCCACCUCUUGGCAGUGGGGUAUCCCAGGCCAGAGGCCACCCUCAAGAUGAAGAAAGUUGAUUGCCCACAUCAGCGGUGUCUGUGCCAAGGGGCAUCACAGCAUGAGUCAUCGCAUCAAAUUUGUGUGAAAGCUGCAUUUCCAAAUGAUGUACCAAAAGAAGUCACUAAUCGUGGUUCAUACUGUUCCAUUAUAGAGGAACUGGGGCAGGAUGGUGACCCCACAAAGACAGAUCAGCAAAACCAGACCCCACUCUUGAGUUCUGGUGCUUUCUUUAACCAGAAAACACUGCAAAGUGACAAUAGUGAAGAGUGUGAAGCUACUACAGAACCCAUUCCUUUAGGCCUCCACCUCGUUUCUACCCAAAAGAGAUUUCCAAACUGUUGCUUAGUUGAAAACACUUUGCAGCCUAACUCUAACCUUCAAGCAAACAGUGAACAUCAAAACAAUUCCACAAGGAAGCCUAAUGGCAUCGUUGGGUCCUGUCAGUUCCUCACGCAAGGCCCUUCUAAUGCUGUGUGUGCAAUUCCUAACAGGGAAGAGAAAGCAUUCAAAGAUAAAGAGUCUGAGAAAGUUCUCAGCCCUAAGCAACCACUUCUGCCGCAUGAAAUUCUUCCUCAGGACCAGCCAGUGGAAUAUACCACUGCUUUGUGUCAGCAGCAAAUCACUGACACUAUGGAGACACCUUUUAUUUGUCACAUAUGUGGAAAAUCCUUCCUUCAGAAAUCUCAGUUGACUUCUCAUCCAGGAAUAAACAGAGGAGAGACACCUUCUGCGUGUCCUGACUGUCUGAAGUCACUUACAGGUCCGUCCAGCCUGCAGGUGCGACAUGAAAUCCCCACAAAGGAGAAGCCUUACAGAUGCCACGACUGUGGGAAGUCGUUCAGCUACGCAUCCCACCUGAAGGUGCAUCUUCGAAUCCACACAGGCGAGAGGCCUUACGUGUGUUCUGACUGCGGGAAGGCCUUCAGCCAGAAGUCAGUCCUCACCACACACCAGAGAAUUCACACCGGGGAGAAGCCUUACACUUGUAGCCACUGUGGGAAAUUGUUUGUUUAUGCAUCAGAUCUGAAGAAGCAUCAUCGCUUUCACACAGGGGAGAAGCCUUACGAGUGCCCUGACUGUGGGAAAUUGUUCAGCACUAAAUCCCACCUGCCUGUGCAUCAUCGAAUCCACACCGGUGAGAAACCUUACAAGUGCUGUGACUGUGGGAAGUCGUUCCGAAGAAAAUCCCAUCUUAAAGUCCAUAGUCGAGUGCACACUGGUGAGAAGCCUUACGUGUGCUCUGAGUGUGGGAAGGCCUUCAGCCAUAGUUCAGUUCUCAGCACACAUCAGAGAAUUCACACUGGGGAGAGGCCUUACACAUGUAGUGACUGCGGGAAAGCCAUGUCAUCUAAGGCCCAACUGAAUGAGCAUCAGCGAAUCCACACGGGUGAGAAACCGUAUGUGUGCGUCGAAUGUGGGAAGGCCUUCAAUAGCAGGUCGUCUUUACAAGUGCAUCGUAGAACUCAUAGUGGGGAGAAACCUUUUGUCUGUCACAGAUGUGGGAAGGGGUUCCUGCGCAAGUCACAGCUGUCAUGUCACCUGCAAACUCACACUGCUGAGAACCCUUAGGAGUGCUGGCACUUACCAGCUGAAGGGCCAUCAUCAAGUUGAAAUGGCAGAACAUGCUGCUGGUACUUGACUAGGAAAGUUUUCAGCAACUGAGGGCUCGUUUGUUUCGUUCUUGCGGAGAGACCUGAGGUGGGUUUUGAGUGGCUAAAGUCCUUCAAACACGAGUCAGAUUUCACAGGGACUCAUACCUCACCAUGUUCCUCCUUAACAGACACUGUGUUCGUAUGGAAGGCUUUACCACAAAGUCUGUUCCUUACCAUUUUUUUUUUAACUUUCUUUUUAUUUAUCCUUUGUAGACAUAAUAUUCUCUUCUGGAACCAACAGCUCACAAAGAAUGACACAGAGACUUAUUACUUAUGAAAACUCAGCUGAUAGCUUAGGCUUGUUUCUAAUUGACUCAUAACUUAACCCAUUUUUAUAAUUUACUUUCUGCCUUGUGGCUUUAUUACCUCAUCUCAUAAUGCCUAUUCUGCUAGCUCUGCACCUAGCUGGUGACUCUGCCCUUCCCAGCCUCCUCUGUGCCUGGAAAUCCUGUCUAGCUAUUGGCCAUUCAGCUUUUUAUUAAACCAAUCACAGUGUAAAGGAAUAUUCCACAAC